GGGCAGCAGUGACAAUCCUCCGUCCUUGACAAGAAGCUAAGAUGGCGGCCGCCGUGGUGAGGAGUCUGGGCUCCACUUUGGGUAAAAACCUCCGAGAGAUCCGCCUGCAUCUCUGCCAGACCUCCGCGGCCAGUAAGGGGGCCAGAGACUUUGUUGAGCAGAACUACGUGACCCUGAAGAGGUCCAACCCGGAAUUCCCCAUCCUGAUCCGGGAGUGUUCUGGAGUCCAGGCCCGGCUCUGGGCCCGAUACGAUUUUGGGAAAGAGACGAGCGUCUCCGUGAAGAACAUGUCAGCUGAUCAGGUGGCCAAAGCUCUGCAGACUCUGGCUCAGUCCAAGCCCUGACCCCCCCCUGUCUGAGCCCGCAGUGGUUCAGUCCAAGCCCUGACCCCCCCCUGUCUGAGCCCGCAGUGGUUCAGUCCAUCCACUCACCUGUUUUUGUUUCUGUAAAUGUGCUGAUGUGAAUAAAGUGAACAUGUGAACGUC